AUGAGAGAAAUUGACUCGAUCACACCCCCGAAAGGAUUUACCCAGCCCAAGUUUGCCAAGUACGAUGGCAAGACCGAGGCAUACACUCAUCUAGUACAGUACAAGCUCGUCAUGUCCCCUUUUCUCCGGAACGAGCCUUCGGACGAUACUUUCUUAUGUAAGGUUUUCCCUACAAGUCUCGGCAACCUGGGUCUCACAUGGUUCAACCAGCUCCCAGCACGGUCGAUUUCCUCUUUCGACUCCCUCUGUGAUGCCUUCAUGGCUCGGUUCGUUAUGAGCAACAAACACGAGAAGGAAAUCGAUUCUCUCCUCGCUCUCCGGAAACGAGACGCCGAAACACUCCGACAGUACGCCGGUCUCUACUGGGAGUUGUUUAACGAAAUAGAAGGCUGUGAUGGUCUCAUCUCGGCCCGAGGAUUCAAACUCGGCCUAACCUCCCAAGACGAACAGGUCUACGACGACCUUGCCCGCCACAAGCCCAGCUCCAUGAAGGACCUCAUGACCCGUAUCGACGUCUGGUGCCAACUCAUCGAGUCCAAGGCCGAGAGGGGCAUCGGGAAGUCCACAAGUUCAAAAAUAGCAUCUGCUUCGGUCCCCACCCCUGCUUUCAUACCCGUCUCGAUCUCGAAGAAACAGGUCAACAACAUCAAGCAGUCCCCAAGGAAAGGACCGAAGCCAAACGACUUCAACGCCGAAAAAACCGUCUUUACCAUUCUUAUCUACCGGAUCAUAGAAUAA